CCUCCCGAGGGGCAACUGCCGCGCCUUCCGGUUCCGAUGACAGCGGCGCCGGAAGCCGGCCCGGCUGCAGGGCUAGGCGAGCGCCUACGGGCUCCGGAGCUGGGGGAUCGGAGGUGAGCGCGCCUCGCGGGGUGCGGCCCCACGACUGCCCGAGCCCUCGCAUCCUUGCCCGUUCUCCCCGCAGUCGGCCGGCAGCAGCCGAAGCUUCGGCCCCGACCUCCAGGCGGUGGUGGAGUCGCCAGACCCCGACCGCGCAUUCCGGUGCCACCCGACCGGGUCGGAGGCAGGCAUCAUCAUGGAGCAGUGCGCGUGUGUGGAGAGGGAACUGGACAAGGUCCUGCACAAGUUCCUGACCUAUGGGCAGCACUGUGAGCAGAGCCUGGAGGAGCUGCUGCACUACGUGGGCCAGCUGCGGGCUGAGCUGGCCAGUGCAGCUCUCCAGGGGACCCCUCUCUCAGCCACCCUUUCCCUUGUGAUGUCCCAGUGCUGCCGGAAGAUCAAAGAUACAGUCCAGAAACUGGCUUCAGAUCAUAAGGACAUUCACAGUAGUGUGUCUCGAGUGGGCAAAGCCAUCGACAGGAACUUUGACUCUGAGAUCUGUGGUGUUGUCUCGGACGCCGUGUGGGAUUCUCGUGAGAAACAGCAGCAGAUUCUGCAGAUGGCCAUUGUGGAGCACCUGUACCAGCAGGGCAUGCUCAGUGUGGCUGAGGAGCUAUGCCAGGAAUCGACGUUGAAUGUGGAUGUGGAUUUUAAGCAGCCCUUCUUGGAGUUGAACCGAAUCUUGGAAGCUCUGCAUGAGCAAGACCUGGGACCUGCACUGGAGUGGGCUGUUUCCCACCGGCAGCGCCUGCUGGAGCUCAACAGCUCCUUGGAGUUCAAGCUACACAGGCUGCACUUCAUCCGCCUUCUGGCUGGUGGCCCUGAGAAGCAGCUGGAGGCCCUCAGCUACGCCCGGCACUUCCAGCCCUUUGCUAGGCUACACCAGAGAGAGAUCCAGGUGAUGAUGGGCAGCCUGGUGUACUUGCGGCUGGGCUUGGAGAAGUCACCCUACUGCCACCUCUUGGACAACAGCCACUGGGCGGAGAUCUGUGAGACCUUUACUCGGGACGCAUGUUCCCUACUGGGGCUUUCAGUGGAGUCCCCCCUCAGUGUCAGCUUUGCCUCUGGCUGUGUGGCACUGCCCGUGCUGAUGAACAUCAAAGCCGUGAUCGAGCAGAGGCAGUGCACCGGGGUCUGGAGUCACAAGGAUGAGCUACCGAUUGAGAUUGAACUUGGCAUGAAGUGCUGGUACCACUCUGUGUUUGCAUGCCCUAUCCUGCGCCAGCAGACCUCAGAUUCCAACCCUCCCAUUAAGCUCAUCUGUGGCCACGUCAUCUCCCGAGAUGCACUUAACAAGCUCAUAAACGGAGGAAAGCUGAAGUGUCCCUACUGUCCCAUGGAGCAGAACCCAGCAGAUGGGAAACGCAUCAUAUUCUGAGUCCAAGAACUUUGCCGGAAGGGUUUUUCCCAUGGACCUUAGUCUGUCUUGGUGGAGGGACUGGCUUUGUGGAUUGUGAUGCCCUUCAGCUCAGUACUACUGAGGGGCCUGAGGCCAAGGAAGGUGAAACCUGCCUGCCUCCUUGGCUGUCAGGAAGGGGAGGUACUGGUCUCUGGCUCAGCCUGUUUACAUUUGCCUUUGACUUAGCAACUGGCAAGAGCAGCAAAGACCUUGGCCAUCAGAAGCUGACAUCUUUCCACUCUUGCCUUGAGCCAGGGGCAUCUGGUUGUGGCCCACCUCCCCUGCUGAACAGCCUCACUGUACAUAUCCAUUCUCCACUGUAAAUUCUCCAAUGAAAGCUGAAUGCGGUUUUAUAACUUUGAGCAAAUAUAUCCACAGCCCUUUUUAUUUCUGGCCAGGCUUGAGCUUCACCGACAGUCAUGCAUGCCCACCACAGGUGCUAGGCAUAGCUUGGCAGCAGCUAACAAAACUGCACCAGCCACAGCACCAUCUGUUUCAGGCAAAACUUGGGAGAUGGCAGACUUGGGCAUGGUGCUUUCCUGUGUACACAUAUAAAAUCUUAUCAGAAAGCUGUGUAGGUACACAGAAAAAGCAAAGUUUGGAGUUUCAACCAGUCCUUGCUGUAGCCCUAGCUGACCUGAACUCACACAUCAGUGUUGGGAUUAAAGUCAUGUGCCACCA